AUGACUGGACUGGACAUUGAUAACGAUGUUAUAAUCGAAAUAUUCUGCAUAAUCACAAAUGGAAACCUGGAUGUAAUGGACGAGAGCGGGUGGGGGGCAGUGAUCCACCAGCCCAAGGAGAGAAUGGACAAAAUGGACGAGUGGUGUACUCGGACCCAUGGCGAGAAUGGCUUGACGGCAGCGGUCAUCGCGUCGAAAACGACUCCCGAGCAAGCAGCCACCGGCCUCCUUGAAUACAUCAAGAAAUUUAUUCCGGAGCCCAAGCGCGGGUUGCUCGCCGGGAACAGCAUACAUGCGGACAAGGCGUUCUUGCGUCAGGAGCCAUACAAGCAAGUGGUAGACCAUCUACAUUACAGGCUAUUCGAUGUCAGCACUAUGAAGGAGGCUUUGAAACGAUGGGGCACUCUAGACUUGCUGUUGGGGCUCCCCAAGAAGAAGAACAGCCAUACUGCUAAGGAAGAUAUACUCGAGAGCAUAGAGGAAGCGAGAUACUUCAAGGAGGCCGUUUUCCAGAAGAAGUGA